AUGGCGGAUUUGUUACCCAUUUACCUCAUUAUCUUGGCUUUUCUAUGCACUGUGGGGGCCAUUGCUUUGGCCUUAUUCCAUAUCUACAAGCACCUAUUGAAUUAUACAGAACCCAUUUAUCAGAGAUAUAUUGUGCGCAUUGUCUUCAUGGUCCCGGUCUAUGCCUUGAUGUCAUUCUUGGCUCUCGUGUUGCCCAAAAGCUCGAUAUAUUUUAACUCUAUCCGGGAAGUUUACGAAGCGUGGGUAAUUUAUAAUUUUCUAUCGCUGUGUUUGGCAUGGGUUGGAGGCCCAGGUUCAGUAGUUAUAAGUUUAACUGGCCGCUCUCUGAAGCCAUCAUGGCAUCUCAUGACAUGUUGCUUCCCACCGCUACCAUUAGACGGGCGUUUUAUUCGGCGGUGCAAGCAAGGUUGCCUGCAAUUUGUUAUUCUAAAGCCAAUCCUAGUUGCUGUCACAUUUGUGCUUUAUGCAAAAGGGAAAUACAAGGAUGGAAAUUUUAGCCCUGAUCAAUCCUAUCUCUAUCUUACCAUCAUCUAUACAAUAUCGUACUCUCUUGCAUUGUACGCGCUGGUCCUCUUUUAUGUGGCAUGCAAAGAUCUGCUUCAGCCAUUCAAUCCAGUCCCUAAGUUUGUGCUUAUAAAGUCUGUUGUUUUUCUAACCUAUUGGCAGGGUGUUCUAGUUUUCCUUUUUGCUAAAUCUGGAUUUAUAAGGGAUGAAGAAGAAGCUGCUCUCUUCCAAAAUUUCAUAAUAUGUGUGGAGAUGCUUAUUGCUGCAGCUGCUCAUUUCUAUGCAUUUCCUUACAAGGAAUAUGCAGAGGCCAAUGUUGCAGGAGCUCGCAGUUUCUCAGGAAGUCUGGCACAUGCUGUUAAACUAAAUGAUUUCUACCAUGACACGGUUCACCAGUUUGCUCCUACGUAUCACGAUUAUGUCCUCUACAAUCAUAAUGAUGGUGGUGAGGAAGGGACAAGGAAGUACCGAGCACGAACAUUUGUGCCAACAGGUCAGGAAAUGGAUGCUGUCAGAAAGAACAAACACAUGUUUGGAAACAAGAUAGAUGGUGUUUCGGUCUCUAGUCACUCCUCAGGAACAAGCACUCCGAAAAACUCCGGUGGAAUUUCUGAUCCCGCACGCCCUGAGACCAUGAAAUCUUCUUUGCUCGUGGAUGCCUCAAACUCAAGUUCCACAAUGUAUGACAUGUCGCUCAUUGACAUUGAUAUAUCAAGCUACCCGAGCAAGGUACCUUCGGCAAAUACAAGUGCAGGACCUAGAUAG